AUGCGGAAUGGGAGUGCGGGUUGCAAGGGUGGGGGGGAGAGGAGGGGGGGAGGAGGGGGGGAGGGUGUGAGGGCAGCUGUGGGGAACGAAGACGCGUGGGGAGAAGUGGUGGAGGCAGCAGGAAAAGGGGCUCUUGACGAAUAUGGGGAAGGAGACGCAGAAUAUGGGGAAGGAGACGCAGAAUAUGGGGAAGGAGACGCAGCGUAUGGGGAAGGGGGCGCAGCAUAUGGGGAAGGGGCGCAGCGUAUGGGGAAGGGGGCGCAGCAUAUGGGGAAGGGGGCGCAGCAUAUGGGGAAGGGGCGCAGCGUAUGGGGAAGGGGGCGCAGCAUAUGGGGAAGGAGACGCAGCGUAUGGGGAAGGGGGCGCAGCAUAUGGGGAAGGGGCGCAGCGUAUGGGGAAGGGGGCGCAGCAUAUGGGGAAGGGGGCGCAGCAUAUGGGGAAGGGGCGCAGCGUAUGGGGAAGGGGGCGCAGCAUAUGGGGAAGGAGACGCAGCGUAUGGGGAAGGGGGCGCAGCAUAUGGGGAAGGGGCGCAGCGUAUGGGGAAGGGGGCGCAGCAUAUGGGGAAGGGGGCGCAGCAUAUGGGGAAGGGGGCGCAGCAUAUGGGGAAGGGGCGCAGCGUAUGGGGAAGGGGGCGCAGCAUAUGGGGAAGGGGGCGCAGCAUAUGGGGAAGGGGGCGCAGCAUAUGGGGAAGGGGCGCAGCGUAUGGGGAAGGGGGCGCAGCAUAUGGGGAAGGGGGCGCAGCAUAUGGGGAAGGGGGCGCAGCAUAUGGGGAAGGGGGCGCAGCAUAUGGGGAAGGGGGCGCAGCAUAUGGGGAAGGGGGCGCAGCAUAUGGGGAAGGGGGCGCAGCAUAUGGGGAAGGGGGCGCAGCAUAUGGGGAAGGGGCGCAGCGUAUGGGGAAGGGGGCGCAGCAUAUGGGGAAGGAGACGCAGCGUAUGGGGAAGGGGGCGCAGCAUAUGGGGAAGGGGCGCAGCGUAUGGGGAAGGGGGCGCAGCAUAUGGGGAAGGGGGCGCAGCAUAUGGGGAAGGGGCGCAGCGUAUGGGGAAGGGGGCGCAGCAUAUGGGGAAGGAGACGCAGCGUAUGGGGAAGGGGGCGCAGCAUAUGGGGAAGGGGCGCAGCGUAUGGGGAAGGGGGCGCAGCAUAUGGGGAAGGGGGCGCAGCAUAUGGGGAAGGGGGCGCAGCAUAUGGGGAAGGGGCGCAGCGUAUGGGGAAGGGGGCGCAGCAUAUGGGGAAGGGGGCGCAGCAUAUGGGGAAGGGGGCGCAGCAUAUGGGGAAGGGGCGCAGCGUAUGGGGAAGGGGGCGCAGCAUAUGGGGAAGGGGGCGCAGCAUAUGGGGAAGGGGCGCAGCGUAUGGGGAAGGGGGCGCAGCAUAUGGGGAAGGAGACGCAGCGUAUGGGGAAGGGGGCGCAGCAUAUGGGGAAGGGUGGCAGCGUAUGGGGAAGGGGGCGCAGCAUAUGGGGAAGGGGGCGCAGCAUAUGGGGAAGGGGGCGCAGCAUAUGGGGAAGGGGCGCAGCGUAUGGGGAAGGGGGCGCAGCAUAUGGGGAAGGGGGCGCAGCAUAUGGGGAAGGGGGCGCAGCAUAUGGGGAAGGGGCGCAGCGUAUGGGGAAGGGGGCGCAGCAUAUGGGGAAGGGGGCGCAGCAUAUGGGGAAGGGGGCGCAGCAUAUGGGGAAGGGGGCGCAGCAUAUGGGGAAGGGGGCGCAGCAUAUGGGGAAGGGGCGCAGCGUAUGGGGAAGGGGGCGCAGCAUAUGGGGAAGGGGGCGCAGCAUAUGGGGAAGGGGGCGCAGCAUAUGGGGAAGGGGGCGCAGCAUAUGGGGAAGGGGGCGCAGCAUAUGGGGAAGGGGGCGCAGCAUAUGGGGAAGGGGGCGCAGCAUAUGGGGAAGGGGGCGCAGCAUAUGGGGAAGGGGGCGCAGCAUAUGGGGAAGGGGGCGCAGCAUAUGGGGAAGGGGGCGCAGCAUAUGGGGAAGGGGGCGCAGCAUAUGGGGAAGGGGGCGCAGCAUAUGGGGAAGGGGGCGCAGCAUAUGGGGAAGGGGCGCAGCGUAUGGGGAAGGGGGCGCAGCAUAUGGGGAAGGGGGCGCAGCAUAUGGGGAAGGGGGCGCAGCAUAUGGGGAAGGGGGCGCAGCAUAUGGGGAAGGGGGCGCAGCAUAUGGGGAAGGGGGCGCAGCAUAUGGGGGGCGAGCGCAACAUGUGGGGGGGUGAGCGCAUGAGUGUGGCGGUGAGUUGGUGGGAAGGAGGUGGAGGGAGAAGCUGGGAGGAGAAGGGUCAAGGGAGGAGAAAAGAGUGA